GACCCGGCAGAGAGGGAGCAUUUCUACCAGGCAAGCCAGCUUCCAAACUGCCAUUCUUCUUUUUAUUCCGAUUUUAUAAGUAACAAUUCCCCUUUUUACUCCUCAGGAAGUUUUUCCAACAGAAUAUGGUCUCAGUUAUGACACAGACAUGCAGCUCCUUGUAUGGGAGUUUCUUUCUAAACUGGAGAAACUCCUGCCUGUACCAGACCUCAGUCAGACUGUUUCAUGGCUGACCUCUGGCCCCUCUGUACUGAAGGACUGCUUACAAGCACUUUCAAGUCCUGACGGCCUGAGGUCACUGCUGCAGCACCACAAGUGCCUCGAGCAUCUUGGAACACAAGGGACCACUGUGGAGAUGUCCGCCCAGGUCUUUGCCUGCUCCGAAUGUCCGUUCUUCCACAUGCAGGAGUGCUUCCUGCUGCAGCAUAUCGAGCACAGUCACCCUGAGCAGUACAACAAACUGCAGAGUGCUGCAGAGAAACCUGAGGCUCCGAGGAAGAAGGUCCAGCGUCCGGAGUUCCCGAAGCCUUUCCCCAUCCACGACAGGCCGGACCCUCACGUGUGCCAGGAGUGCGGCAAGACUUUCACACGUGCCUCAGACGUAACUCGUCACCAGCGCACGCACACGGGCGAGCGCCCGUACACCUGCGAGGAAUGCAAGAAAGGCUUUAAGAACUCCUGGGACUUGACCAGACAUCAGCGCAUUCACACCGGAGAGCGACCCUUCCUCUGCUCGCAGUGCGGGAAACGCUUCACGCAGAUGGGGCUCCUCAAGCUGCAUUUUGAAAGAACGGCCUGUGGCCAGACUUGCAACCCUCCUCUUGAAUUUAUGACGGAGGUCGUGGUAGCAGAGGAGACUUCAGAGAAAGUGGGUGGGGAGUACAAAUGCCAGAAAUGCGGCGAGAGCUUCGGCAGCAUCCUGGAGCGGCUGCAGCACAGGCAGAGGCAUGUGGUGAGGCGUCAGUACAAGUGCUUGCUCUGUGAGAAGAUUUACAGCCGAGCGUCAGACCUAAAGAGACACCAGAUGAAACACACCGGGGAGCGGCCGUUUGCCUGCGAGUGCGGGAAAGGUUUUACGCACGUCUGGCUCCUUAAUAAGCAUCGACAGAUCCACAGCAGGGAGCGUGCAUUCCCCUGCGCCGAGUGCGGGAAGAGCUUCACACAGCUCCAGAUCCUCAACCGACACCUGCUGACUCACAGUGGCCUGCGACCUUUCCAGUGCUCCUACUGCGAGAAGAGCUUCAGUCAGCUGGCCAGCCUCACGCGCCAUGAAAGGACCCACACAGGGGAGAGGCCGUUCAUCUGCUCCACCUGCCAGAAGACGUUCCUCACGCACGGAGAGCUUGUGAGGCAUCAGCGCAGCCACAGUGACUUCAGGCCUUACAGCUGCCCACAGUGCCCCAAGAGCUUCAAAACCAAGCGGGCUCAGAGUGAACACCUCAACACGCACACGGGAGAGCGUCCGUUUGCCUGCGCCUGCUGCGGGAAGACGUUCGCCAAGUCCACCUCGCUGGUUCGCCAUAACCUGACUCACACAGGGGAGCGACCGCACCAGUGCUCCCAGUGCGGAAAGACCUUCCUCACCUCCGGCGAGCUCCUCCUCCACAAGCGGAUCCACACGGGGGAGAGGCCGUAUCCCUGCUCCUACUGCGAGAGGAGGUUCAGGUGCUCCUCAGACCUCAACAUGCACGUCCGCACACACACCGGGGAGAAGCCACACAGCUGUCCGUUCUGUAAGAAGAGGUUCUCUACGUCUACGAGGCUGAAGAGACACGUACGCACACACACGGAGAAGGGAAUCGUUGAGUCUUUGACCUGACAGAGGCUCAUGUCAAUGAUUACUACUUUAUCAAUAAAAACAACUAUUUAUUUU